CCUUACUCUCUCUCUCUCUCCCUGCCUCCAAGUCUGAAAUCUCCACGCUCUUUCCCUUGCGCCCCUACUCUCCUUGUAGUGGCUUCUUUUCACCCCACUCCUUCUUUUUCAAGGGGCCCACCCCUUUUCCCAUGGUGGAGGUGGGGCAGCAGCUGCAUCUGUAACCCUUUCCCCUGUGGAGUCUUCGGAACCCUUUGAGGCUGCUCGCACAGAGGAGUGUGCCUCGUUGCAGUCUGUCUAAAGUGGCCACCUCAGGCUAGGUGGAGGCAAGGAAAACCCACAGGCUCCCUGACCGUUAUUGCCCUGUUUCCCCAAUGAGGGCUGAGGCCAUACUCUGCCCAGGAACGUUAUUGAUCAGAGAGUGUGCUUCCCUAUGUUAGCUGUGGGCCGUGUCAUGGAAACAAGUGUGUGCCCCCCAAGCCAGGACUUGUUCUUUUUCUGGGGCUCUCUCAUCAAGGGAAGCCUAGUCUCCACUAGAGCUGAGUUUUCAGAGUCCCAGAGUUUGCCCUGUAAUUGGCUGUGUGACCUUGGGGAUGCAAUUUCAUUUGCAGGAGCAUGUUUCCUUUUCAUCUGUAAAAUGGGAACACGAACAAUGUUACCUCCCUCAAGGUUAUUAUGAAAAUAGAGCCAGUCUUCUGAUUUUGGACAAUGCUUGGCAUGCUAUGCAUGCUGUCAGCUCCUUUAUCAGCAGCGUUGGAAGCCACACAGGACUGUUCAGAGUGGCUGCCUGCAGGCAGAUAAGUGAGCAUUCAGGGCAAAGGCAGGCAUUACCACAGUGAACAACUAGAGAGUCUUCUGGCGAGAGGUUGGCUGAGCCUUGAAGAAUGGAAGACUACCUGUGCUCCCCUGAGGAAAAUAUCUACAAGAUUGACUUCGUCAGGUUCAAGAUCCGGGACAUGGACUCAGGGACUGUUCUUUUUGAAAUCAAGAAGCCCCCUGUUUCCGAACGGUUGCCCAUCAACCGGCGGGACCUGGACCCCAAUGCAGGGCGCUUUGUUCGAUACCAGUUCACACCUGCCUUCCUCCGCCUAAGGCAGGUGGGAGCCACGGUGGAGUUCACAGUGGGAGACAAGCCGGUCAACAACUUCCGCAUGAUUGAGAGGCACUACUUUCGAAACCAGCUCCUCAAAAGCUUCGACUUCCACUUUGGCUUCUGCAUUCCCAGCAGCAAGAACACCUGUGAGCACAUCUAUGACUUCCCGCCUCUCUCCGAGGAGCUAAUCAGUGAGAUGAUUCGUCAUCCGUAUGAGACACAGUCUGACAGCUUCUACUUCGUGGAUGAUCGGCUGGUGAUGCACAACAAGGCAGACUAUUCCUACAGCGGGACCCCCUGACCUCCAACACUGCCCCUGAGGCUCUGGCCUGGACCCUGUGCUGUGACCUCUCCAACACUGUCUCUAUUUGGGGAUGGUUCCAGUGGCUCUGGACCCUGAGUCAGUCUUGAGAGGAAGGUUCCCCAGCAUCCCUAGGCAAGCCUCUGAAGCUUGUGGGAGGGACAGCUCGGGAGACUGUCCCCAUGUUCAGGAAGGCCUCCUGCAAGAGGAGGACUUCCGGAUGCCUCACUAGGUCCACUGGGCCUGAGUUUCAGAGUAGUGUUCCCUUCUUGACUGUGACUAGAUCAGGUUAGGGAUCCGUUCCCUGUCCCUUGCCCACCACCUCCAGGGUGUUUAUAGUUCACAGACAAAGAUCCACAUUGGGUACCCUGGUCUCAGUCCUGGCCUCCUCCAUCAGGGGCCAAGAAACUGCCCGAGGUGUGAGCGGGGUGGGUCCAGAUUGCAACCUGUAGGACCUGGACAAACUGUAUAUAGUUUUCAAUAAACCUUUUCUGUUCUUGGG